AUGUCAGCAGGGGUCAUUCCUCAAGCAGGGUCCGCCGUGGCCAUGAUCGGAGCGAACCUUCGCUUCGGUUCAGCAGGGGCUACUAAUUCUUCUGUGGUCAAUAAUACGCGGCACUGCCCGCCAGGUGGCGCUGCGAGCGCUGCCGCUCUACUAGCACUCUCCAGUCUAGGAAUGUCUGCUAAUUUAGCACUGAUGGCGGUAAUACUCAGCAAAAAACAAUUGCGAAGAUGGUCUCACGGUCUGCUGUUCCACCAAGCGAUUGUGGACCUCGCUCGGGCCGCCAUCUUGCUACCUCUUGGCAUUGCUGUGUUCCGCUGCCAGCCAGUUUACAAGUGCUCGCUGGUUGAAACCGCAUUUUUGCUAUUGGUGACAGUGUCCACAGUGAACAUGCUCACGACGGUUCUCAAUGACAGUCCAAUUUUCCCUGAAAAUGAGGAGGAGCAAGCUGAUUUAUCGGCGCCAUUACUGAUGGACAGCCCACAGUGCGUCCUCUUCGGAACAUUCAUGAUCUGGUUCGCAUCGAUAACGAUAAAUCUCGGGCCCACGUUCUUAUCUGGGGCUUUGGCUGCCAGUGCAGGCUCUUACGGGUCGUACGGACCGGCUCCCUCGUGUCCUUUAGUGCGAGGACCCUUCAGGCAUUACGUGCUUAACGCUCUUUGGAUAGGCGUUAACGCUGUCUGCAUUGGAUUGACACUUUUCCACUUGAAAAAGCUCCACCGAGAUCUCACUAAGGCUAACGUAGAAGCAGUACGGGUAGCUGGUUUAGUGACCACGCUUGUCAGCAUGGCAGGUGACAACAGGCGAAUGGAUAACCUGCCCAACAGCGUCGGACCCAGGACUGUGGAUGGUACUCUUUCGGAUGGUCGCCAAACAGGCAGCAACAAUCUUCCCCUGGGCGGUGGACGCAGGCUGCGAGGUUACCUAGCUCGAGUGGAACGUGAGGGUGUUCGUCGUGUACGCAUGUUCCUCGUCAUCACUGCAGCAUACGUGCUUUUCUGGGGCCCACUGUUCCUGAUCACUCUACUGCAUCACCCGGCACUAACAUCGCACAUAGCCUAUGAAAUGUAUUUCCAAAUCACUCUACAUAUCUCGUAUGUUCACGCGGCGGUUAAUCCCCUGCUGUUCAUGGCUUUGCAUCGAGCUUUACGGAGAGCGGCUUUACAGUUGUGCUGCGGCUGUUGCGUGCACUGGAGUCAGUUUGUGUUGGCUCUGACCGCUGCUGGUAUCACAAUCACCGCUAGCACCAGCGUCAUUCUCUCCCGCGGCCGUGUCUCCGGAGCCUCCCCCCGCGCCCCCGCCGCCGAUGGCUCCUCCCGCCCCCCCGGCGCCGGCGCACUCCGCGCCUGCGCCUCACACGAUGAUGGUAAUUACUUCUUAUAUAGUUGGGAAGUUGAGGAGUGUGACGCUGAGAGUAUGUCGAGUGCGCGUGUGCAGGGAGACGAGGAUAUGAUGGGGGAGGCGUGAAGCGGCAGCGUGCGGCGGGUGGCGCGCUCGCCGAGCCCGCUGCUGGCCGCGAUCUGAGGCGCGCGGGGCCCGCCGGCCGCGCCCGCCUCGCCCGGCCCCUACGUGCCGCACCUGCCGCACUCGCCGUACAUGCCGCGCGCGCCGCCGCCGCCGUCGCCCGGCGCCCACUUGUCCGACAUAUCCUACAUGUGGCCGCUGUAAUCGUCCGGCACACGAUCAUGUUGUAAAUAUUCCUAAGAACAGUAGCGUCAUCACUUUGUACAUACAUGUGUUGAAGUGUGUCUGUCUCCGUAGUCGUCAUGCUCUAAACUUAUUGAUGUAUAGAAAGGGUAUUUAUGAAUAUUACAAAAUUAUGUCUAAGAUAAUUUUAAACUCAGUAGAUUGUUGUAUGUGGUCAAUAUAAUUUACAAAGAUAAAUAUAGGUUUUGAAUUGUACAUUGUGUAAUUUCAAUUCUUAUUAUGUAAGUUAUAAUAGAAAGCUAAAUUCUAAAAUCACGAAAUGUUAGAAGAAAUUGCACUUUCAGAUAAUAAUUCAGUAGUGGUCACUCCAACACAAAUAUAUAUAAAAAUAUAAAUAAAAUACAUAUUUUUGUGAAGCCGUAGUUUUCGUGAAUCUCAUUAAAUCGAACACCAAGUAGAUAGGUACCUGUAAAAUAUAAAAGAAAACAAACUGUAGAUUAAUAAGAGUCAUUUACUAAUUGUAUCAUUGGGUCUUUUUUGAAUCAAAAUUCGAUCUAAUUUCAUAGCUAAAACGUGGCCAACAGUGAAACAUCUGUUUAAAGACUGAAUAUUUUUUUGUAUUUUAUUUUAUACAAAUAAUUUUGUUAAGACGCAAAUAUUGAAUUUUUAACAUUUAUUUUGUAUUUAGAUUUAUAUAUGAAUUGUAAUAUGUUUUUGUAUUGAAAUAUAUGUGCCAACCCAAUGUAUAAACACCCUUAUGAAAAUCAUGUGAGAUAGAG